GCUGGACAGCAUACAGAGUAACCAUGAAGUCUCCCGUGCUAUUUUUCGGCUUGAUACCCACGCGGGCGGGGGCCGGUGCUGAUGUUGGUGGCGACGAGCGAUGUAACAGAACCCGCUACAACCUGAGAAGCGCCGCGCAAUGUCACGGCGCGAAGCUGUCUAAAAUAUCCGCCAGCGGCCAUGCAUCACAGCCCAACCUCUGGGAGGCUCAGAUGGUUGUGCGCGAACGAUACCGUGAAGUGGGGCGCUGGGAACCGUAGCCUACGAGGUUGAAG